CCAGCCGGCACAACUCUCGCUUUCGACUCGUCGUCACCUCCUCUCCGCGGCGCCACUGGAGUCUUCUUCCUCAGUGCGACGUUCGACCCUCCUUCUGUUCUAGUGGCACUCGUCUGCGCCGCCUACAGGCCCUUGGUUUAACAACCUCUCGAGGAUGAACAGAAUACUGAUUUUAGCCGCUCUGGCCGGGGCAUGUCUGGCCCAGCAGGGUUACCUUCCACCUACCAAUGGAUUUAAUGGUAAUGGCAAUGGUAAUGGCAAUGGAAAUGGCAAUGGCAACGGAUUCGUUAACGGCAACGGAAAUGGGGCCAAUGGAAACGUAUUCGGAAACGGGAACGGAGCGAAUGGAAAUGGCGUGAAUGGCAAUGGUUAUAGUUAUGGUAAUGGUAAUGGCGUGAAUGGUAAUGGUAACGGUGUAAAUGGUAAUGGUAAUGGUGUAAAUGGCAAUGGUAAUGGCGUUAAUGGUAAUGGAAAUGGUGUAAAUGGUAAUGGAGUAAAUGGCAAUGGCAACGGUUUGAAUGGAAAUGGUAAUGGCGUGAAUGGAAAUGGAUACAGUUAUGGCAAUGGUAAUGGCGUGAAUGGCAAUGGUAAUGGCGUGAAUGGUAAUGGGAAUGGCGUGAAUGGCAAUGGGAAUGGAGUAAAUGGCAACGGAGGAUACAGCUAUGGCAAUGGAAAUGGUAACGGCGUGAAUGGCAAUGGUAAUGGAGCAAAUGGAUAUAGCUAUGGCAACGGCAAUGGAAAUGGCAAUGGAAACGGCAUCAAUGGCAACGGAAACGGCAAUGGCUUCAAUGGCAACGGAAACGGCAACGGCUUCGUAGAUCCCAUCACUGCCCUCGCCGAUGCCAUUGGCGGUGGAGGCGUCCCAGGUGUGGACUACCCCAUCCUGGCCUUCGUCCCCGCCACCGGGUUCUCCUGCGACGGCCAACUGCCCGGAUACUACGCUGACACUGCUCCCGAGGCUGGCUGCCAGGUGUUCCAUAUCUGCCAGGCAGGAGGCAGAAUCGACUCGUUCCUUUGUCCCAACGGCACAGUGUUUAAUCAGCAAUACUUCGUGUGCGAUUGGUGGUACAACUUUGACUGUUCCACAGCUGAACAGUUUUACGGUUUGAAUGCUGAGAUUGGCAAGGUGAAUGGCAAUGGCAACGGCAAUGGAUUCACCAACGGUAAUGGAAAUGGCAAUGGCAACGGCAAUGGUUUCACCAACGGUAAUGGAAAUGGAUACACCAAUGGUAAUGGCAACGGAAAUGGAUAUACCAAUGGCAACGGCAACGGAAAUGGCUACACCAAUGGCAACGGCAACGGAAAUGGCUACACCAAUGGAAAUGGAAACGGUGCUACCAACGGAAACGGAUACACCAACGGCAAUGGAUACACCAACGGUAACGGUAAUGGUGCAACCAACGGUAAUGGCAAUGGAAACGGCAUUACCAACGGCAACGGUAAUGGAAAUGGAUAUACCAACGGUAACGGGAACGGAUAUACCAAUGGAAAUGGUAAUGGUAACGGGAACGGUAAUGGAUAUACCAAUGGCAAUGGAAACGGAAAUGGAUAUACAAAUGGAAAUGGUAACGGAAACGGUUUCACCAACGGCAACGGUAAUGGAAAUGGUAACGGCAACGGCAACGGCAAUGGCAAUGGUAAUGGUAAUGGUUAUUACUAUGGUGCCCCAAAUGGUAAUGGAAAUGGUGGAGCGACAAAUGGUAAUGGUAUUAAUGGACUCUAUCAGACGCCGAGCUUCUAAACAAAGAACUGUCCUUUUCCUUCUCUCACUUUCUUAACUUUUGCGAACGUUACAAAGAAAACGAUUAUAUUUAUAGGGAAGACUUUUAAGUUAUGCGUUUUUAGCCUUAAUACUAAUGACCUUAGUCAUUAGCUGAA